AUGGGUGCAGCUUGUUCGUGUAAAGACCAUUUUAGUUUUAGUUUAAAAAAGGAUGAUAAAAGCGAGAUUUAGAUCCACUACACAACAACGACUGAUAGAAAGGAAAGCGCAGAUAACAAUAAUAGUUAGAAGAAAGAGAAGGGAAGUAGCGAUGAAGAAAUUAAUGAAGAAGAAGAAGAAAUUAAAGAUUUACCUGUGCCUGAUAAUUAGAAAAGCGAGUUUUAAAUUAGUAAAGAGUAAUAGAAUGAAGGUUUUACGUACUUGCCAUUUUAGACCAAGAAUAAGGAGUGUGUAACUCUUACAAAGCAUUUACUCACUAAAAAGAUAUCGACUUAUUUAAAAGAUUCAUUUUUAGACUUUACUUUGAUUUUGUCAUAGCUGUAGCAAGGUUUUAUACAAAUUUAAGAUAGGAUAUCAAGGAGACAUUUUUAUUACACAGGGGAGAAAGCUAGAGACAAUAAGCUUCUGUUAGAUGAUUGCUGUCAGCUUUUUGAAGAUGUCCUUAGAGAAAGUGAAUUAUGUUGUGUGACCUAUUGCAUAAAAAGAGAUAAAUUAGAAAAAUAUAUUGGUGAAAAUUCAUCAAACGCUAAAUAUGUUAUUAUGUUUACAGGAUUAGAUAAUUAAGUAGAUCCAGAGAAUAACUGUGGAUCUCUAUUUGCUAUUUGGAAGAGAAAUACAACCAAAUUUCGUCCACUUUCAGAAAAAGAAGAUAUUUUAUAAAGUUGUAGCAGUAUUAUUGCCAGUGGUUACUGCAUGUAUGGUUAAUGUAUGAACCUUAUUUUAGCAAUUAACACGGAUGUUAAUGGAUUUUCAUAUGAUGUAAGUUAAAAAGAAUUCAUUUUGACCCACCCUAAAAUAAAAGCAGCUCAGAGAACAGGCAUUCUUUCAGUAGAUACAUCGAAAGAGUCAGGUUGGGAGCCUCCCAUAAAAAUAUUUAUAAACCGUAAAUACCAAAAAAAAGACAAAAAGCUAAGUCUUAGAUAUACAGGAUCUCUUGUCGCUGAUGCUCAUAGAACACUUUUAUACGGAGGUAUUUUAAUGUAUCCUCUGACUAAUCCAAAUUCUGAAGGAGAUGUGAGUUUGAUUGAGGCAUUCAUCCUUGGUUAUAUAUUUGAAAAGUCUUGGGGGAGAGCAAGUCAAGGAGAAGGUGGUUCUGUUACUUAGAUGAAACUGUACAACUUAUAAUAAAAAACACAAUUUUAUUGUGGAACCUCUGCUGAAGUAGUAGAAUUAGAAAAUGUAUAUUUAUCAAUAGCACGUCGCCAAUCAAUAAAUAAAUCAAUAGCUUCUAGAUUUUCAUCCAACCAAAGCAUAGGCUUAAAUGGUUCUCUAGAUUUAUCAGUAAAAAGUGUACAUUCCUGA